UAUUAAUGAAGACGAUUCUUCAAACGCCUCCCUUUUGCGAUUCCAAAACUCACGACGCUUUUACGACUUGACGCGACUAUCUGUCUCACUCCUUCUUUGACCUCUACCUCUUCAACUAAAUAGACUGGACUGCUUGUUCCUCACUUCUGCGCUCGUAUUUUUGUCCGCUACGUUUUGCCAACCUUAGUCUCCGACACUUUUCCACCGAUAGCAAUAAUAUUUCCUGCUUCGCGUCUUCGACAACCCAUUCCAUUCCUCACACAAAACGCCCACGAGCUGGUGCGGUAGUACAUUUGUGAUAAGGUCUACUUGACCUAUCAUCCUCUAAAAGCUUCCGUGUCCAACUCACGACUCGAAUUUCACCAAAUACCUUACAACUACAUACAUACUCCUCUUUGCAGCUCUUGACAUGGCUACCGCCGAAGUUCCGCGACAAUAUGUCCCCCUAACCUGCCACGGCCAUUCCCGUCCCGUUCCACACAUUAGCUUCUCCCCCCUGGAGAAAGAUGGGUCUUAUUAUUUGAUAUCAGCCUGCAAGGAUGGAAAUCCUAUGCUUCGUGAUGGCCAGACUGGAGAUUGGAUCGGCACCUUCAUAGGCCACAAAGGCGCUGUCUGGCAGGCCAGACUCAGCCCAGAUGCAUCUACCGCUGCUACUGCGUCCGCAGACUUCACCGCUAAAAUCUGGGACACGCAUUCCGGAGAGCUUCUAUUCACUCUCCAGCACGAUCAUAUAGUUCGCGCUGUAGUGUAUGCGCCAGACAACUCCGACCUUAUUGCCACCGGUGGAAUGGAAAAGAAACUCCGCAUAUUCGAUCUUGCCGAAAUGAAGCCUAAAUCAAACGCCGAGUCUACUACAAAUGGAAAUAAUGCCGAGUCUGUCAUUGUUCCAAGCACGAUACCUGCCUCGUCGGGCUUUGAGAUUGGAGCCGGCGUUCACACUGCUUCUAUCAAGUUCGUAGUUUGGACUAAGGAUCCAAGAAUCUUGAUCACCGCCUCGGACAACACUCUACGUUGGUUCGACGUGCCCACAAAAAGUGUUGUGAAGCAGGAAGUUCUGGACGGAGAGAUUGGAUCCUGCGAAUUUUGUGCCCUCGCUCAGGAACAUACUUCCAAGGGAGAUGUCGGCGGAGGGCUCCCAGUUUUGGCGGUGGCUGCUGGGAAGUCCAUAUACUUCUGGGGUGGUCUUCGUGCCAUGGACGAGUUGAAGCGCACAAAAAUGAGCUACAAAGUAGCUAGUGUCGCCGUUGAUCCUAAGGGUAGAAAGAUUAUUGUCGGUGAGGACAUCCCGGCUACAUGGGCUAGAGUGUAUCGAUGGGACGACGAUACAGAGAUAGACAUUCACAAAGGGCACCAUGGACCAGUGUGGUCUGUGGCUUUCUCGCCUGACGGCAAAUUAUAUGCCACCGGUUCUGAAGACGGAACCAUAAAAAUGUGGAAAAAUUGUGAGGGCUUUUAUGGUCUCUGGCGCGGAGGGGCAAACGGAGCCGCAGAGAAGAAUUCUGAGGACGUCUCGUAAACUCAAUCGACUUGAGCUGCAAUAGUGCGGCCAUGUUGAUAAAAUUUUACAUCCAAGCUUUCACGGGACGGGCUACGUAUAGCCAAGCUACCUAACGCUGAAAAGAAAUAAUAAAAUUACGUGCUGGAACGGCCGAAU